AAAGGGAUGGGUCCGGCCGAAAACAGGGUCACCAGCGGCGCUGGGCCGAUGCGGACGUCCCCUUUCUGGCACCGUUUCUUCCUCCUCCCGCUGCUGAAUCAACCUCCUCGCCGUCCGCGGCCGGCCCUUGCUCAUCCACGGGCGACGCCGAAGCAUCGGGAGGCCACCAGCCCUAGCGAACGGUUACUGGGUUGCCGCCGCCCGAAGCCGACUGACCGAGUAGCCCGGAGAAGCCGCGUGCGUCGUCGCUAAGCCGUCGUCGUCGAAGUCAAUCGCCCGCGGAGACCCCAGUAUCCUCGCCCCAUGUCCACCUCGGUCGGGGUUCGGACGCCGGGUCGCUGUUGCGUCGUCGGCCGCUGCUGAAUCGGAUCUUGUUCCUGGCCCAAGGAUGUUGCCCGAGUUCCACCAUGCUUCGUCCUGGACUGUGCUGGGUGUCUUGCUCUGGGCGUGGACGGACACUCGAGGCGUCCUGGGCCAGAGCUGCGGACCUCGGGUGUCGGCGCGAUUCCUGCGCGACAUUCCCUGCGACAUGAGCAAGAGCGACUUCUGCAACGUGCCCGGGAGCGGAUACCCCUGGCAUGCGGUGCGGCGGUACAUCUUCGAAAAUCAGGGCCUGGUGCGGCGGAUGUACGGCGACCAGCGGCACAGUCUGAUCGUCGUCAGCGAGCUCGAGGCCCGCAGACUGCGCUACGACGACGAACCGAAUCGAGCGUUCCGUACGGACGGAGGGCGGAAUCCGCAUCGUGUGCGACCGAACAGUCGCUACGCGGCCAGGCUCAAGACGCCGCCGGCGGCCUCUCACGAGGCCGAGGACUCCGCAGAGACUACCACGGUGCCCAUCACCCCGACGGAGGCCACGCCGACGACAGUUCGCGUUCCCGUUCGCACACCAGGGAUUAUGACGCAAGUUGUGUACCACGACGAACCCGCCGACGAGCCUUCGCCGGAGCUGGCCACGGACGCGAGAGAAAGGCCGGACGAGACCGAAGCUAACAACGCCACCCAGGACGUUCCCCGACCGACGACGGAGAGCUUUCAAAGCACAGCCACGACGGUGGCCCAGCCGGCGAGCGACUUCGGGCCUUCCUACGCUGCCGGCGAAGCCUUCACGCACGAGCCCCAGGCACUCCUGUACGCGGAGUCUACAGACCACACAACGAGUCACCUUCACAUCAGCGUCCUGGACCACAACAGCAUUGAUGCAGCAGACGCCGUGAGACCAAGCACGGAGAGCACCGAAGCGCCCGAAGUGUUGAUCACGACCACGGAAACACCGUCCAAGAAGGGCAUAAAUGCCUGUCCCGUGAAGCAAGAGGUGCUGGCCCCGUACUGGGCCAACAACACCCGGGGCGACGUCCUCGCUCUUCUCAACGUGUACCCUUUCGAGCAGUACAUCCACGCUGAAAAGUGCGCAUUUGAAAACCACCAGAUGUUCUGCCGCGAUGGGUGUCGGUGUGAGCAACAGUUUCGCCUGCACCGCCUGCUGGCCUUCGAUCCGCGCAACGAAUGCCGAGGCAUCUUCUCCGACUGGUUUCGGUUCCCGUCCUGUUGCGUCUGCAUCUGCUACGACCUCGGAGCGGCGGGUUUUCGAGCUGGAAGGUUCAAGUCAUGAACAACACCACUGAGCGUCGAGUGCCAUGUAAAUUUGUAUUUAUUUGGAGAAUAAAAGUGUAAAUGUGUGUGUA